ACGUGAUGUCUCUCUUUCAGAUAUCCUGCAGCUUCUUUUCGCCAAGACCGGACUCCGCAUACAAAGCACCAUGUUGCCCUCCCCACCACUGUAACCUUGCCCCUCACUCCGAACCUCACUUCUCUGGUGGCUAACAACGAGAGCGAACAUGCGAUAACUUGCGAUUGUUGGCUGUCUGGUUCUAUCGCUAUAUCGUCUUCUUCACAUAUCUCCCCCUAAUCUGUUCAAUAGUUACCCCGCGACUGUGUACUGUCCGACAUUCACUAGUCUGAAGAUGGUCUCAAUCACACCACAAGCAGUGAGGCAGGCCCUCAUUGACAUGUCGGGUCGAUUCCGCGGACCUGGAGGGGCUGCAGCAGUGCUUAAAGAUGGAGAACUCGUCGACACUUAUGUAUGGGGUUACGCCGACAUGGACAAGGGCGUUCUAAUGGAAUCAACAACACCUUUACCCAUAUGUUCAAUUUCGAAACAGAUGCUUUGUGCAACUCUCCAUGAUUUGAAUGAGAACCCGCCAUCGGAGAUGGUAGCCAAGGGCGAGUUCAAGAAGCGGGUGCAGCUCGAGAUGAGCACCCUUCUCCACCCUGGCAUCGUAAAAGAUACUGGGCUGACUGUCGACCAUCUGUGCGACAAUCAAUCCGGUAUUCGUGACUACUGGGCGCUAGGCACGCUCUUCGGAGCCAGACCAGUAACACAUUACUCCAUAUCAAAGCACAAUACUCUGGCGCUCGAUGCUCUUAAGUCGUUCCAAUUCGAGCCAGGCAACGGAUAUUCCUAUGCUAACACAAAUUUCAACAUACUUGCCAGACUUAUCGAAAGGGUGACGGGAAGAGAAAUCGGUGAUCUCAUCGCAGAGCGAGUCUUCGAACGAGCCGGUAUGAAGACUGCAAAACUGAUUCCCGAUGCCUCGAAACGACCGGGCCCUGGCACUGGCUACGAAGGUGAUGAGCUACGAGGCUACUUGCCAGCGGAGAACAAUAUCGAAUGGGCCGGUGACGCUGGCAUCGUUGCAUCACUCGAGGAUAUGAUCGCAUACGAAAAGUACUUUGACCAGCACUGGACGCAGUCAUCAAGCUGGGCGCAAUCAGCAGGUACAACAGUCCCUUUUAAGUCUGGUGGCAAGUCAGGCUAUAGAAUGGGUCUGGUUCACUGGGACGUGCAAGACGUACCUGUUAUUGGCCACAGCGGUGGUCUGCGCGGCUACAAACUAAAUCGUUUAUAUGCACCGUCCCAUCGGCUAUCCAUCGUCGUCAUGCAAAAUCACAUGGCGAAUGCUGUCACUGCAUCAGAGUAUGUGAUGGGUAAACUCCUCGCCAAACCCGAAGUCGUGAAGCCAGCAUCGAUCAAGCCAUCCGAGUUGUGGGCCGGGGCUUAUUUGGAUGACGAAAGCAAGCUUAGCAUCGUCAUCGUCUCCAAUGAAAGCAGCAUCACGAUCUCCAUGAUAGGAGGGUCGGAAACAAUCCCGUUAACUUCCAAUACCACUGCACAAUCCACCGGUAUCCACGCAAGCAUCGUUGCAGAUACACUCCACAUAUUUCGCCCUAUGGCAAACUUCACUGCCGCCGCCCGGCGCAUCAAGCAAUCUCCCACCGGCGUCCCAGAUCCCAACCUAGCGCGCGUACAGGGCUCUUACCGAUGUGAUGAGAUUGGGAGUACUGUUGAGUUCGUGGGCGAGGGUGGGAUAUUGUAUGCGAGCUUUGACGGCUUCAUGGGGCGGGGACCGCCGCAUUUGAUGCGCUAUUUGGGCGAAGACGUAUGGUUAAUGGCGUGUCCACGUGGUAUGGACGCGCCAGCACCUGGAGAUUGGACAAUUGUAGUUCAUCGCCAUGAGAACGGAGAUGUGGAGGGUGUGACGAUUGGAUGUUGGCUUGCGAGGAAAUUAGAGUUCAAGAGAAUUUAGCACGCCGCGUAGAUUGAAUUGUACGGUGAGGUUGUUCCAUUUGGGCGACAUGGAACCAAUAGUAAGUAUAGCACGUCCAUGUCUUUGACAUGAUGAGACUGUAUAAUUUG